UCCAUCACUGCACUACACCAUGAUCUCUUAAUUCACUCUCUACCUUAGCUUUAUACUAUACGCACACUUUCUGCUUAUCGUAUUCCACAUAAUAGGAUAUUGACCAAGAUGCCGUGCGCAGCAUGCUCUGGUCAGUCCUCAAGCGGGCCAGUUUCUUCUCCCUGGUCUCUCGAAAACUUCUUUCCAACUGGAACGGUGUCAUUUUCGCUCACAUCUGACAUUGCUUGCAACCACAUACUUUCCGAGGAUGGAUGGCAUGAUUUCCACAGUGAUGCUUUGCUGUCCCACCUGCAAGACUCCACCCGAGACGACACUCUCUGUAGGGAAAUAGAAUUUCUCGUGAAGCACCGAUUCAUUGCUGCAACAUACCGUCAAUGUCUUCCGUCAUUGCUGAUUGUGAGGAUCUAUAUCAUCCCAUUCGACCUCGCCGGGGUUCAGGGUCAGCUUCGGAUUCGAAAACAGCCUGUCCUUAAUCAUGCUAGGCGCUCGUUACGGCUUCUGCUUAGUGCCAUCGAGCAAGGUGUGGAGACGUGGGAUGGCAGUGCAUCUGGGGGAGUUCCAUUGUUUUCAAUAGCUUCUGACUCCCGUACUCUGGCCGAAAUUUAUGGAGAGCUUCCAUCGCCCUGCGUUUGUGAAAAUCCGACAAACAACAUGAUCAAUAGACUUCUCGACACUUCAGAUGACCUUCAAGGCCUCGGCAUAAGGAGCACGUUGUUUCUGUACCAACGACGCUCAGUGGCGACGAUGUUGCAGAAGGAGAUAUUGAUAGAGAAAGACAUACCUGACCCCCUUUACGUACGCGUUCUUGCCUUGAACAAGGAGGCUUUCUAUCUGCAGCCAGGUACAAUGGAAAUCUUGCGAGAGAGGCCAAUGGUUGCGCCCAGCCGAGGUGGCGUACUGUGCGAGGAGCUUGGCACCGGAAAAACUGUGAUGACCCUUACCCUCAUCAUGGCAACCUUGCAUCAGUUGUCGGCCCCAGAGGAAUCAAUCAUCGAUGCGCGGCCAGUCUUGACUCCACUAUCGCUUCGAUAUUUCCCAUCAGGGGAGAUGGCAGCGACGCGGAACCGUCUCAUGCGCUCUCGUCGUCAAAAAUCAAGCAAGAUUCCCGCUCUUGGUGUCCCAUCUCUCCCUGAAUUGUUGUUGCAUCAAAUGUGCACCAACCCAGAUGAGACCGUUUGGGAGCACAGGAUUAAUCCCGACUCGGAGAUGGAUAGUGCACUUCAGAUUUUCGAACAACACCAGUUUCGGGUCCUCUUCCAGAGCAACAUACCAUUCUACCAUCAUUAUGAUGCGGAACCUACAGACAAUGAACGCUUUCAUCGGCGUAAAGGUACUGCCGGUCCCCGUACCAUGUAUCUGACUUCUGCUACCUUGAUUGUUGUGCCUUCUAAUCUCAUCAGCCAAUGGGAUCGAGAAAUACAUAAGCAUUGCGAGCGUGAGCUCAGAGUCCUCAUCCUUCGGUCUCGUUCGAAAUUACCGGAUGCAAAGACACUGGCGUCGGACUACGAUAUCAUUCUUAUGACCUACUCUCGGUUCACCGCGGAGAAUCUUGCAAAAGACGUGUCAAAGCUCCACUCCUGGAAAAUCUGCAAGUGUGAUGAAUUCCCAGGAACCCGGAUACCAAACUGUAGUUGCGAGAUCCCAAACGUCUCCCCAUUGUUACAAAUUAGAUGGAAGCGUCUCGUUAUCGAUGAAGGGCAUGUCUCAGCAACCACGUCCACCACCUUAACGCCAUUCACAAAACUCCUGAGCAUCGAGCAUCGCUGGAUCGUAACUGGGACUCCAACAAGGAAUCUUUUGGGACUCAGUUUUGGCGCAAAGGCGGAUGACAUUCAGGAGCAGGAUGCCGAUGAUGAAGGAGAUGCAGAAUUUUGGGGGCUCUUCAAAGAUCAAGAGGGAUCUGCGUCUCAAUCGCGCGAAGUCACCCCUCCUUCUGUGAAACCAGCUAGGAUAUGGAACAAGUACGACCGGGAGGACCUCCGGAAACUUGGGAAUAUGAUCACGCAUUUUGUUGGUGUGCCUCAGUUCCUGGCUGAUCCACAGCUUGUGAGAACGCACGUCACCGAGCCUCUCAUGGAUCCAGAUGGUCCUCGGCCUGGUGCAAUUGAAGUAUUGACACAAGUGAUGAGCAUGGUGAUGGUACGGCACAGGGUUGAAGACGUGGAGGCUGAUGUUGUUUUGCCUCCCAUUUACAAAGAGGCUGUCUUCUUGGACCUAGAUCCGUAUGCGGUGCGCUCGUACAAUGCUUUACAGGCCGCAAUCGCAAUCAACGCCGUUGACUCUGAGCGACGAGACCAAGACUAUCUAUUUCAUCCUGGGAACUCGGACAUGCUUCAAGAGUUGGUUUCAAACAUGACACAGAUCAUGUUCUGGUCUGUUGACGAUCAUCUGUACAAUGCCGACGAGAUCAUGUCAAGGCCGAAGGUUCACAUCGAGACAGCGAUUAAUCGUAAUGCAUCCCAAGAAGACGUGGAGUUGAUCACUCAGGCGAUAGAGCACAUCCGACUAGCGGGGGAAGAUAAGACGUGGAGAAAUAUCCAAGAUCACGUCGAGGUCCCGUAUCGACUGUAUGAUAUUCCUGACCGUGUCUUCCACAAAUGGACACGAAUACCAGGGGUCCAGAGCGAGGACGAUAGCCACAGCACCUUUGCUGGUUUUAUGCACCCGGAUAGACUGGUUACCAUGAGGAACACACUCUCUCAGCAGCCUCUCAUCACGGAGGAACGUAUGCUCGAGCUGGGAACUGCCAUCUCCAUAAGGGAUCAUGCCAAGCAUCUCUUGUUCGCCGAAUCGACAAAGAAAAUGGAUCUUCGUAAACGCAAGGCCAGUCGACUGCAUGAGGACGCCAAGAAAGCCUCAUCUCCCGAAAAGCUGAAAGAAAUGAAGAAGGAGCUAGAUGCAGCACUGUCGCGGCUUGAGCACCUAGAGAAAGAGGAUGCUGAUCCUUUAGACACAACUACUCGAACUCUUCCUGACGUACCAUCAACACUACUCUCUCGCUCGCCCUUUCGACAUAUCCGGAUUAAAGAUUCGGCAUCAAGUAAACUCAAUUAUAUUAUCAAUGAGGUGCUUCGAUACGCGCAGAAUGAGAAAUUCUUGAUCUUUUCGGAUUCGGCCUUGACGUUGGCUCAUGUUGCUGACGCUCUCGAUCUUCUACAGGUCAAGUAUCUGCGCUUCAUGUCGCAUGUACCUAUACAAGUUCGUGAACAGUUUGUCUUGACCUUCGAGACCUCGGAGACGUAUCGAGUAUUCCUCAUGGAGUUAAAGCAUGGAGCUCGUGGGCUAAACCUUGUAUCGGCGUCGCGGGUCAUUUUCUGUGAGCCUGUGUGGCAACCGGAUGUUGAAAGUCAAGCAAUCAAACGUGCUCAUCGGAUUGGACAGACCAAACACAUAUCAGUCAAGACUUUGGCGAUCCGAAAUACUGCUGAAGAAAAUAUGGUUAGCCGACGGAGCGCUCUUCAGGACUGCCAGGAUAAACUGCCCAAACUUAUUGAUGAGAGCGGCAUGAGGCAUUACAUUGCGAAUCCGCGGUUCAUUACUGAGCGACCAAAGCAUCUACCAUCUGUGGAGUUUCCUCUGUUCAAUAUUCCAACAGAGGACCUGGCAGGGUCAGAUAUCGAUGCCAUGGUGGGAAUGGAUUUACCACAGGAUGCAAUGACGCCUGCAGCGUCGAUACCGACGAAAAGAAAGGCUCGGGCACUCAGUCCGUUACCUGCUGAUCCAAUUGAAAGAGUUAUGCAGAGGGGUGUGUAUGUUACCGGUGCACCUCCCCUCCCGAAAAAGAAGAAAGGCGUACGAUUCGAAAUUAGCUAGUGG